AUGGAAGACGAGGCUAGUCGCCUGCCCCAGAAUCUGAAGCGUCAAACAGUGCCCUCGGCAUGCUACAGCUGUAGGAGAAGAAAGGUCAAGUGCGAUGGCCGCCUGCCCUGCAGCUACUGCGCCCGUCGAUCACUCGAAUGUUCAUACGAGAGCACCCUGCCCAACGAGACACUACAGCAAGCGAAAAAGCGAAGGUACCAUGAGAUGGAGCGCAGGAUUGAGGGUCUAGAACAGCUGCACGAUAUCCUCGCGCGAGGUAAUGAAGCGAGAGCUGUCGAAGUCCUCCGGCGCAUGCGUCGAGGUGAUGACAUGGAGCUUCUCUUGGACUAUGCUCGGGCUGGAGCUGGUGUGGACGGCAGCUCGCUCGAGCAGAGUCAGCAUUCGCGGCGCCUCUUUCUGAAAAGCUUAGUAGAGUCGACGGCAUCUCUAGAGGAAACGACCAACGCUGCAAGGACGGUGGUGACCAUCGACCGCUUGUAUCUGCCAUCCGUAGAGGCUUAUCAGACUCUGCAACACAGCGUGCUACAGCUCGACCAUCUCGACGGCUUCCUCUCCGAGACCAACUCGCAACGUGCGACCGGGGCUUCGGCGCAACAACGUGCAGAGGACAAAAGCAGCGGUCCGCUCUACUGGGUACCGGCACACCCGUGGCUCGUGGCGGUCAGCGACGAAGAAACAUCUCACUUGCUAUCUAUGUUCCUUGCAUAUACCAAUGUCUGCUGGCGUUUCGUGGAAGUUCAACCCUUUCUGCAAGCACUGCGUAGCAAAGACCUCGGGUCUCAGUAUUGCUCACCAUUUCUCGUGAACGCCAUGAUGGCCCUAGCGUACCUCUACGCAGAUAUCGCAAACAGCGGCGACGACGACCCCGAAGGAGCCCCGCACCAAAAUAUCCGGUUCCACGAAGAAGCUCUGCGACUGUGGACGCUGGCUGGGCCAGAGCCUAGCAUCACAAAUAUCCAGGGACUCUCCAUUCUGGCGGUCGAGCAUAUCCUCCAGGGCAAAGAUCAGCAAGGGCUUGAUCUGCUGUCUGCCGCUUGCGAGUUGAACAACACCCUACACCUGCCCGUGCGGCUGGCAGAGUGGUCCAGAGAAGACCUGGUGUACUACAGAGCUCGUAGCUGCACUUGGUGGAUGGUGGUCCAUCUGAAUUUGACUUGUAGGAUGGGCCUAAUGAUUGCUGGCGAUGCCGUGGACUGGAAUCGUGCGCCUGAGAUGGCGGACGUGCUGCUGGAGGAUUUGCAGUACUGGAUCGGCUACCCUUUUCUCGACGAACCAAUCCCGCUCCAAGCGAACUUCCUGUUCCAGCAACGAUGCCUUUUCACACGACUCCUUCAACAAGCUACGACGAUCCUCACGGCACACUCACUUGAGGCCGAUGCCCUAUCCGAGCUUGUAUCGGCGAGUCAAGCGCUGUCUGCACAGCUGCAAGAAUGGUAUGAUGCGAUUCCACAGGAAGUUUUUCCUAUUACGAGGGCACCCCCGAACAUUUACGAUCUGCACGCUCAGUACCACUGCGUUCAGGCGGCUCUCUACGAGCGCAGCCACAUGCACUUGUGCGCAUUGAUGCAGGAAACAGAGCACGACACCGAAGAAUUGGCUGGAUCUGAAAGAGCACGAUUGAGAACACAUUUGCGUGCGACAGCCCUGCAACACUGCUAUGAAGGCGCAACCGUUCUUCGAGCGUUCCGUAAGGCACACGGUUUGAAGUGUGUCUCCUUUGUGCUCCUGAAUCAUUCCGUGGUGGGGGCUUUCGUAUGCUUGAACGAUAUGCACACACCUCCAGAGGGAUCCACUCCUCGCACGGGCAAAGGUCUCGAGUCCGACCAAAGGACGAUAUCUGCACUAGAGGAAUUCUUCCGCAUUAUAUUAGCUACGAGUGGAAGGUGGAUUCUGUCCCGUGGCUUGGCUAAGAUGAUCUAUUACACCGCUUCCAAGGAGCUGCGUAUCGAGCUACCGGCCUCGAUAUCGGAUAUUACAGAGAUUAUGAACAACAGUUCAUGGCACAGUUCAGAUUUGCUGCAGCUCAGCGCAACAUUCCGGCCCAAUUGGAGUAUGCCGUAUGUUCGUAAGGACGACGACCUUGGGAACUAUCGAAUGGGAGACAUGCUAAAUGACUUAAUGGAAUCGAGCGGUCAUCGGGACGGCGCUGUGGAACCGCGGCCGAGCUCGUCGAGAGUUAUGGCAUACGAUCCUGUGCACGAUUAA